UGGUUACUCAUCGGAAAAGCCGACGUUCCCGUCGCAAUGGGUAUCGUCCAAGCGCUUAUCAACAAACGCAACGAACUCUUCAUGACCCCAAUCAAUCUGGAAGAACCACUGUGCAUUCCUUGUUUCGAGGAGGUGGACUGGAAGCCCGGUAAUCCCGGCAGCUUCGAGGACCUCCACGCGAAAACCAAAGAGCUCUAUCCGCAGAACUUCGAGGGCGCGUACUUGCUGUUGAGGAAAACCCUGAGUAAGCACUUCAACGUGACUUACAGGUUGACCCUGAGUUCCGUGACACCGUACGGCCUCAAGUUCGGCGCGAAUUAUGUUGGCACCAAGGAGGUGGGAUUCACGGAGAAAUACCCAGUGAUCUCGGGCGAGAUCACACCCAGCGGUAACAUGAGCGCCAGCUUCGUGCACACUCUCGGUUGUAGAUACAGAUUCAAGCUUGCUACGCAGAUCGUCGAUAAAAAGUACAGAGCGUUCAGUUCCGGUUUGGAGUAUCGCUCGGACGACUGUACUGCGGCGCUCACCCUGGCGAAUCCAGAUCUCACGAGGCUGCACGGCACGCUGGUGUUGCACUACCUGCAGGCGAUCACGCCGAGGAUUACUCUUGGUACGGAGCUCGCGUAUCUACGCGGCUCCCUGAUACCUGGCGGCCAGCAGACGGUGAUGUGCGCUGCGUUCCGGCACAGCACCGGUCCUACUACGCUGUCCGCAACGUUCGGCGAGGCCGGCAUCCACGUCUGUUAUCACCGAAAGGCGAGUGAGCAGUUGCAGCUCGGCGUCGAGAUCGAGACCAACACGCGGAUACAGGAAUCCGUGGGCACGAUUGUGUAUCGCGUAGACAUCCCAUACGCGGACUUUAUCUGCCGGGGAUUCGUCAACUCGGAGACCAGCAUGGGCGCCGUGUUCGAGAAGAGGCUGUCCCCGAUCCCCGGGGCCUCGUUAAUCAUAAGCGGCUUCUUGAAUCACAAGAAGCAACAGUUCCGCAUCGGCGUCGGUCUGAACGUCGGCUAACGAUGUUUUUUAAUUUUUGACCGAAAGUAGAAUAUUGUAUGUUGUAUAUCAAAUUUUGAACAUUUUCUCAGAAACGUUGUUCCGUAGAAUCUCAGAUUUUAUUUCAUGUAUCUCGAUAUCAUUCGGGUAGAGAAGAUAAGAAAUAGAAAGUUUCACGAACGUCCUUAA